AUGCUUGAUAUGAGGUAUCUCCACGCAUUUGCAGGGUACACGCAUUGGGACUUCUUGCCGAGGUUCCUGAUGGAAGAGUUCCACCCCAGGAGGAAGAUGGCGAACGCCUACUUCCUGGUGCUGGCUUCCCUCCAGACCAUCCCCGAGAUCACCAAUACGUUCCGUGUGCCGACCAUCCUACUCCCCCUGUCGGUGGUCGUUAUCGUGGACGCGGUGUUUGCCAUUCUCGAGGAUGUGGGGCGACAUCCUGCCAACCCUAAGGGCAAUGCCUCCCCGACAAGGGCGCUGGACGUGGACCUGCAGCGUUCGGCGGGAAAGUUCCCCCGUGUGGAGUGGAGGGAUGUACAGGUGAUGGGCGCGCACGAGCCCAACCCGCAGGCGAAGGCCGGCAUCUGCUACGUCGAGACCAAGUCUCUCGACGGAGAGACUAACCUCAAGAUCCGACAGGCCAUCCGGUCCACGAUCGGACGGGUGUCGACGCCGCGCGACGCCGCGGCGCUCAAGGGGCGCGUGGUGAUGGAGCACCCGAACAAGCUGAUCGAUAACUUCUCGGGGACCAUCGAGGUGGAGGGGGCCGGCGAUGACGGCGGGUCCUGCAGGGAGGUGAUCCAGACGCGAAACCUUCUGCUCCGGGGCUGCGUGUUGCGGAACACUCGGUGGGUGGUGGGGCUAGUCCUCAACACCGGCCCGGACACCAAGAUCGUCAUGAGCUCCCUAGAGCCCCCUCACAAGACGUCGAGGCUGGAGCAGCGCACGAACGUGGAGGUGUGGCGGAUCGUGCGGCUGCUCUGCCUGGUGUGUUUCCUGGGAGCCGUCGGGUCUCUGGUAUGGAACGCUACCUCCGCGGAGGAUCACGUGUACCUCCGCAUAGACGUGGGUUCCUGGGGGAACCAGAUGAAGACCACGUUCAUCCAGUUCCUGUACCUUUUUCUUCUGCUGGGCAACUUCAUCCCGGUGUCGCUGUACGUGUCCAUGGGCACGGUCAAGUUUUCCCAGGCGUUCUUCAUGAAGCAGGACCUGGACAUGUACCACGAGGACACGGACACGCCGGCGCUGGUGCGGACCAUGGCGCUGAACGAGGAGCUGGGGCAGGUGUCACACGUGUUUAGCGACAAGACGGGGACUCUAACCCAGAACGUGAUGGAUUUCCGCAAGUUCAGCGUGGGAGGCGUGUCGUACGGGAGGGGCGUCACAACGAUCGCGAGGGCGGUGGCGGCGGAACUGGGUCACGAAAUUCCCCAGGAGGAUCUGGAAGCCGAGGCGGUGAUCGCCAAACAACCCCCCGUACCGCACGUGCGGUUUUAUGACCCUCGCCUGCUUGAAGACCUCCAAAGCUCCACAGGCGAAGAGCAACGUGCCCUGCUUCUCGACUUCUUCCUGGCGCUAGCCGUGUGCCACACGGUCAUCCCCGAGCGCGGGCUGUCGUCGAGAUCUGGCCGGCGUAGGCGCUGCCGCGGCCCUGGCGGCGGCAGCCGGCAUCCGCAUCGGAGCAGGAGUCGCGAGCGUAGGCGCACCAACAAGCCGGUGGGGAGGGAGCAAAGCCGGCAGACUCGCUACAGCAGCGGGGCGAGGACGGGGGACUUCGUCCAAGACGGAGAGGAGGAGGAGGAGGAGGAGGUUGUGGCAGAGCAGCGUGAACAAGAGGAGCAGGAAGAGGAAGGGCCGGCGAAGCUGUCUGCUUCGAGCCCCGACGACGAGGCGUUGGUCCUUGGGGCCAGGCACUUCGGGAUGGAGUUUCGAGAUCGCCUCGACAACAAAGCGUGUGUCAGGCGAUCGGGCCCCUUCCUUCGGGGACAGCAGCAGCACCACCAGCAACACCCACUGCGGAGCCCCCCCGCUCCCGGGGAGAAGCCCAAAGGGGAAGAAGGGCGUGACGGCCGAGGUUUCGCCACCGGUGGCGAGGGCGGGUGGCCGCAGGUGGCGGAGCAAGGGUCAAGGCCGGGCGGGGACCGAUUCGUGGACGAGAAGUACGAGGUGCUGCGAAUCCUGGACUUCACGAGCGCGAGGAAACGCAUGAGCGUAAUCGUCCGCGCCCCUGACGGAAGGGUUCGCAUCCUGUGCAAGGGCGCCGACUCCGUCAUGAUCCCCAGGCUCGCGAGGAACUCUUCAGCCUCCGACUCCUCGGCGGGGGACAGCGUGCCGGAUGACCACCACCACCACCUGGACGCCAGCAACCCGUUACCCUUCGGCGCCGCCUUUGGCCCCGCCGCCACCGCUAUUCCUGCCCCUACGACCGUCGCCCCCGCCCCCGCUCCGGGCGGUAAGACAUUACCGGCGGCCUCUCCGCAAGAAGGAGCCGCCCAAGCUGUGUCGCCGGCAUCCGACGCCGCCGUCAACGCCGCCGCCGCGGUGCGGUUGCCGCUUGCUGAUGUGGUCGCGGAGGAGUGCGGUGGUGGAGGGGGUGGGCUGGCUGGAAAUUGGAGUACGAGCAGCGAGGACAAUCGCCCUGGGGGGGAGAGGAGCGAAGAGCGCACGCUGAAGCACAUGGAGACCUACGCCAGGGAGGGGCUGCGCACGCUGCUCGUGACCUGCGCGGACCUCGACGGGGACUGGUUCCGUGCGUGGGACAAGAGGUUUGAGACCGCGAGCACCGACCUGUCCGAGGUGGAGAAGAAGAAACAAGGCCUCGAGAAUGAAAUUGACAGGCUCAUGAACGAGGUCGAGAAAAACUUGCGGCUGCUGGGGUGCACCGCUAUCGAGGACAAACUGCAAGACGGAGUCGGCACCUGCGUUGACGCCCUCCAGCGCGCAAGGGUAAAAGUGUGGAUGCUUACGGGUGACAAGGAGGAGACGGCCAUCAAUAUAGGCGUGGCCUGCCAGCUGCUUGGUCCGGAGGAGCAGAUGGAGAGGAUCAUCGUCAACAUGGACCCACAGACUGGCUGCCAGGACGUGGAAGAAGUCAAGGACCGACUGGAGGACGAACUCAACCGGAUUUCGGACGAAGACCCGUUUCACAAGUCUCGCGGCAAGGGCAGCGGGGGCACCGGCGAUGGCGGCACCGGCGAGGAUGGUGGGGGGGUGCCCCGCAAGGGAGGCCGUCAGCGGGCGCUGAUUAUCGACGGGCAGGCGCUGUCGCUCGCGAUGGACCCAGCCUGCAGCAAGUACUUCGCCGAGCUGGCCAUGGAGUGCGAGGCCGUGGUGUGCUGCAGGGUGUCGCCGGACCAAAAGCGAGCGGUGGUUGCUCUGGUUCGCGAGCGGAGGCCCGAAGCGCGGACUCUGGCGAUCGGUGACGGCGCCAACGACGUGGCGAUGAUCCAGGCGGCUCACAUCGGUGUCGGGAUCAGCGGCCAGGAGGGCAUGCAGUCUGUCGGGGCUCAGUUCAAGAACCAGCUCAACAGCCUGCUGGGGGCCAUCGGGGAGACUCACCCCCACUACGUUCGCUGCCUCAAGCCGAACGACGAGAACGUGCGGUCGCAGUUCGAUCUCGGCAGGAUCACGGCGCAGCUGGCGAACGGAGCAGUAGCAGCGAAGGCGCGCAGGGAGGCAGCCCUACGGGAUAAGCGGUGCAGGCAAAGGGGCGGGGGAAUUUACGGGCGGCACCGCCCUGUGUGCUGCCGGACUCUGCUGUAUGUGCCGUUGGCGGUAAACGCGAGCGACUUCGCCAUCGCGCAGUUCCGCUUCCUCCAGAAGCUUAUGCUCUUCCACGGGAGGCAGAACUACCGCCGCAUGUCGAAGCUCGUCGCCUACACGUUCUACAAGAACAUCCUCAUGGCGGUGCCUAUGGCGUGGUACAUGGUCGUGAACGGGUACAGCGGGCAGAAGUUCUACACAGAGGGAGGCAUCCAGUUCUACAACAUCAUGUUCACCCUUUGGCCCAUCCUCUUCCUCGGCUGCUUCGACCGAGACGUCAGCCUCAAGGACACCGAGAACUUCCCCCAGCUGUACGUGCUGGGCAUCAACGACGUGUUCUUCAACGCGAAGGUGUUCUGGAGCUGGAUGUCCCAGGCGAUUGUGGAGGCCGCCCUCAUCACCUUCGUGCCUCUCCUCCUGCUCAAGGGGGGGCCCGCAGACGAUGGAGCGGAGGUGUCGUACAUGUUCUACGGGGGCACGACUUUCUCGCUCGUGGUGCUGCUGGCCAAUAGCAAGAUCCUGUGGCUGCAGUACAGGUGGACCUGGUGGGCAGCGGUGCUGGUGAUGGCGUCUGUGCUUGCGUGGUUCGGCACCGCGUGCGUCCUGAACAUCCUGCACAAGGUGGACUUCGACUUCUUCAUGGUGUUCUUCCACCUCAUGGUAAACCCCACGUUCUGGGCGGUGGUGACCCUCUGCUUCACGGCCGUGGCGAUGCGCGACCUGUCUUGGAAGUUCUACCACCGCUGGUGGCAGCCGAAGCUACACCACCUCAUCCUGGAGGUGGAGGCCAGCCGCGGGGACCCCGUGAUUCUGACGGACAGCGGCACCCCCGAGGUGGGCGGCGGCGGGGCUGGUUUCGGCGUGGGUGUUGCUGACAGCCGACGCAAGUCGUGGGAGAGACGGGGGAAAAGAGCGGGGGACGGGCUCGGAGGUCGUGCUGUGGCCGUACAAGGCGAGGGCGGCGCUACUGCCGCCGGUCGGGAUGAUGAUGGCUUCGAGAAGCAGGCGAGAAGGGAGGACAAGGCGUCGGCCGUGCUGUCGCCGGCGUUCUCGGAUGCCGUCGAGCUUUGCCUUGGAGGAGAGGAUGCCGGUGACGCGGUUGCCGAGCGGCCACGCGGCGGCCGCGAAGAGGUGUUGGGCGGAAGGGCGGGGGCGUCCUACGGCGGCGGCGGCGGCGGCGGUGGCCGCGGUUUCCGGCGGGGACACUCGCACGAUGACGACGAGGGCUACGCCGCGGUCUACCGAAGGCUGACGGACGCGUUGUCUUCGCAGCCGAGCACGGGUAACGGCGGCGGGGAAGGGACAAGUGUCACGCCGGCCACUUCGCAUUGCCCGUCUGUGUCGUCGACGCUACCGCUGGAACUAAUAUUCCCAGCCGUGGCUGCCCAAGGGCCGGUGGCGAUGGGCCGAUCUCGAUCUGACCAGCUCCCCAAGCGCAGCAGCAGCAGCCGGAGGUUGCAGCAGUCGCCUCAUCAGUCAGGGGCCGUGGGGACGCGCUUCCCUCGCGCCCCUAGCGGUGGCUUCGCGUACUCUACGGACGAGGACUCGGCGUCCAUGGAGUCGAGGAUGAUCCUGAACUACGUGGAGUCUCCGCUGAAGAAGACGCCGGAGUUCUGGGAGGCGCCGCGGCCGGUGUUGGACCGCCUCAACCGGCGACGGGAGAGAGGGAAAUUCUGUUGGAGGUGGUGCCGAUGCUGA